UUUAUUAACAGGAAAUAAUUGCUCAUAUAUAGAAAGUGACAACUAAACUAUGAUAUAGACUUUGUUGUUUGGAUAUGACUAACACCAAUUAAUCAAAUCAUAACCAUUAUCAUAAAAUAAAAUCAUGGACGCAUGUAACUCUGAGAUGCAAAAAUUAACAAAUGCUGACAAUAACUGCUUUUUGGGUGAAACGUGAUGGCAGACCAUAUCACUUCAGUCUGGAAAUAUUUCACAAUAUUAAUAUAUAAUGGAUAGGCGAAGUAUUGGAAAUAAUAACAGCAAUGAGGAUAACCAUAUUGGUUAUAGGAACUAUGUUAAUGAACCAAAGUGUUCAUGUUACCUGACAAACAAAAAGCAUUGCAGUAACUGUGAUCAUGGUUAUGGUUUAACAAAAGCUGCCAGAAAUAUUUAUGGUUUAACUUCAGCAAAUACAAGAUUAGUUCUUAGCAGUCCCAAACAUAAGGUGUGGUCAGUUUCAUCAGUAAAAUCGAAUGAAAUAAAACCUGAAUUUGCUUGGCCUUACGAAGAAAAGAGUAAGAGUUACUCUGACUUAUCAAAGUUACAAUUAAAAUCUGUGACAAACGAGCAAGUCGAUCGGCUGUCAGUAUCCGAUCAUCACAAAUGGCUUAAACGUAGUAAGCAUUAUCAAGAAACUUGGCAACAGCCUGAUCUGAUCACUGAUUACAGAGGAGAAUCAAAGAAAGACUAUAACACUGAAGGGAAUUCUACUUUUAGAGAUAAAUUAUUGUUUUUCAAUAGAGAUAAACAAUUUAAAUCUAAUGAAAUUAGAAGAAAUGUGGAUAAGAACCUAUCAAAUGACUAUAUGGAUUCAAACUAUCCUUUAAAGAAACAUAAUCUUAAAAAUUCGGAUUUGAGACCUAAGUCUGAAAAUCAAGAGUUGGUACGAGUACCUGAAGAUCGAAGACACUCUGAUGAAGUUCCUUACACACUUACCCAGCUCCAAAGCAAAGCUUUUGAGUUUGGAUUAAAAACAGGGUUCUCACAAAAUCCAUCAACUGUACAAUCUUAUGAAUCUCUAAACUCUGAAAAUUCUGAUUUUGAAUUUUCUGUUCAAGGAACUGGUCAUGAAAAAUCUCCAUCAUGGCCAGUUACUGUCCAUAGUAAAAUUCCUUGUGAGCCAUACACUAUUGCUGUAUCUAAGCAGUCACAAACUUGGUCUUCCUCAACUCCUAUGUUAGCAGAACACAAAUCUCUGUCUUCAGCUAAACAAGGAAAUACUCCUCUAUUUCAAAAACGUGAUACUGAGAACACUCCUGAUGACAGCUAUGCUGGCAAUAAACAUUACCAUAAACCAAAGUCAUCGAUGCGAUUUAAAGAAUUUUAUAAUUCUAAACCUGGAUAUCCCCCUCCAAGAUUCGAUUCUGAUGGUCACAAUUUAGGCGAUGCUGAAUAUAAUGUUCCUUCUCCACCUGAACGAGAUAUCCCUGUCCCCAAAAUGAUGUCCUCUGUAAAUGAAAAGACUUCAAACAAAACUAUGCUAUCACAUAGUCAACAAACUUCCCCAAUUAGCCCUUUAAUCAUGAACUGGCCCCAGUUAUCCUCCUCUUCUUCUACUUCUAAUCUUAACCUUCAUAGAGAUACCCAGACUUCUUUACCUGAGGAAGAGCAAAAGAAAAUGUUCUCUACUUCUGAAGAUGAAAAAGAUAAUAGUAUGAGACCUAGGUCUGAGACAGAUUCUAAAAUUUAUGGUAAUUUGGUCACAAAUCCUAUCAUGAUAAGUGGAGAAAAAUAUGCUACAAACAACAAUUUUAAGUUGGGUGAUGUAAAAAGCACUACAGGUUCUUCAUCAACUUAUAUAAUCAAACAAACACCUUAUUACAACACUAGCACUCAAACAGAGUUAGUAUUUCCCAUCACUCAAGCAUUGUCAAAUACAGGCAGGAAUACAGAAUUGUCAAAGAUGAAAAGUGCGGGAGUACAAGUGGGCCUAGAAAAAGAUUUUAGCCAUGAAAACAGUUUGCAAACCGCUCCACUGACAGAUAGUAAAGAUUCUGAUUUCAAUUCAGCCCAAUCCAAGGUUGUGCAGUCUGCUGGACUGCAAGCUGCAGUUGAAGGGGACUUAAAUGUUAAUUAUUCAAGAGCUUAUCAACCAAUGCGCAGACCUCAUAGUGAGGCAUUGGCAGAUCAUGUUACUGAGUUUAGAAACCAAGCAUCACUUUUAGAAGAAAAAAGGGAUCAAAUCAGUGAUAUGAAUUCUUUGAAAUUUAAUCUAGAAUCAAAUAAACAACCAAAACAAAGAUCUGCAUCGGAAUCAGAAGUUAGACGACCGGUCACAGUUGAGAAUUUAUUAUCUGGUUACCAAGACUAUGUACCAAGUACAGCUCCCAUUCUCAGAAAGCUUUCAGAAGAAUUUUAUAUGCAAGCAUUCAGACAAGGCAAUGUUCCACCUAUUAGCACAUCAUCCUCAAAUUUGUCUGCAUCACAAGAAACGUUAACACAAGGCCUAAAACAUGCUGAUUCCAACAGUAGUCUUGUAAUUAAAGUCUCACAACCUGAGUCAACUACAUCUUCUAGACCUAAUUGCUUUAGCUUCCCAAACCAGUCAAGCACCUCUUGGGAGACACAAAAACAUUAUCCAGUCUCAGCAAAUCAACAUUUUAACAGUCAAGCUACAACUCCUUUUUUUGAAUCUAAAGAGGACCAAUCACUUGAGUGUCAACCUAAUCAAAGUUAUCAUUUACCAAAAAAAGAAAAGAUUCCAAAUUCUUAUAAACAGCAAAAUUCCGGAGCCAAUUAUACUUCAGACACCAGUAAUGCAAACAGAACAUCAUCUACUCUACAAGACCUAGGUAUGCCAGAGAAAUUUAGAGCUCAAGUUACUAGCUAUGCAGUUCCACAAAAAACACAGGAUUUGUAUGCAUUAUCAACUACACCACUGCCUUUAAUGCAUGAAUCUUCAGCUUCUACCAAACUCGAUGCAAGCAAAUUUAAAAAAUUUCACAGUUCGACUUCUGUGUUAGACAGCAAAAAAAGUGCUUAUGGUCAAGAUUGGUCAAGUUUUCCUGGCAGUCAAACCUCUAUAUUCCGAAAGCAUAACGAAGAUAAAAAUCCUUCAGCUUCCAACCAAUCCGGUGAACAGAUUUCUUCAUCACAAAUUACUGCUACACGCAGGGCAUCAAUGAAAAAAGCUUUUGGAAUGUAUGAUGAGACAGAAGCUGCAUUGUCAGAAAGACCACUUGUUAAUUAUAAACAAUAUCCAUUUGAAAGCAAAGACCUAUUAGAAAUAUCUGAAAAUGAUAGUAAAUUUGAUUCAAAAUGGGAUCAUGUCCUGAGAAAGUCACGUGUAAGAGAGGGUUUAAAUGAAAUGGGUCAGUCUAUGCAAGGUGAAGGUAUGAGUAACUCGAGUCACAAUACCCAGGCAGCUACCUCUAUUGUACAUGGACGUAGUGACAGUUUGCCUUUGUCUGUAAAGCUAGGUGAUGAAGAUAAGUUUGCUGUACCGCAAGGUCCAGCCCCUAAAAAGGCAUAUCAGAGCAGUGUUGCUAAUCAACGCAACAUGAACCGAACAAUUUCCGAAACAAUUUAUCCAUUAAGGAGCUACACAAGUAACUUAGAUGUAACUUCAACUCAAACUCAGGAAAUGUCUGCUAAGAAUACACUUGAAGAUGGAUGGAACCCUCAGCAAUUAAUAAAUCCUCAGAGUGACAGUUACGACAGAUUAAAGAAUUCUCGGCGAAGAAGUUAUACCAGUAAUGACCAUGCCUUCAAGAAGUCUAUCUUCACUGCUCCAUUAAAUCCCAGAUUAUAUGGAGAUUUUCAACAUGUAGCACAUUCUAAGCAAGACUGGCAGCAGCAGCAGAAUGAUAAUAACAAUAAUACUAGUAAUAAUAAUAAUAAUAAUAAUAACAACAAUAAUAGCACAACAAACACACAAUCUGAAUAUAUGGAUAUGUCUGGAAGACACCAAGAAAGGACAAAGCAUCAAACAGAAUGGACACGUGUUAGAUCCCAAAUGUCUGAUAGUAACAGAGGCCUAUAUACCUCAGUUUCCUUUGACAAAAUAAAGGACCACAGUUCUCCCGAAUCUUCACAAGUUAUUGCACCCAGUUCCUCGCAGAACAUAACAAAUUUAGAAAAGAAACAACCCCUCCUUACAAGCUCUCUGUCAUCUGUUCCAAUAUAUCAGAAUGUAACUGAAAAAAGUGCACCUACAGAUGUCAAAUUUGAUGGUGAUUUGGAUAUGCCACCUGCUCUUCCACCUCGGAUUUACAGACUUUCAUCAGCGGAGGCUUUAACAAUGAAUAACAGCAAAAACACCAACACCGACACCGAAGAUAAAUCUUACAACAAGCAGCCGAACUUAUCAGCCUCUUUUUCUGGCCAUUUCCUACGAAAACAAAUGUAUGCUGAGCAAGUACGAGCCCAAGCUAAGCGCUUCUCUGAACAAGCCAAAGGGAUGUACAUUGUUAAAACAACUCCCAAAAUCGGGAUUGCUGAACAAACAAAAGUAGUGACCUGGGCAGAUGAACCUCAGAUUGCAGUUCCUGCGAAACCACUAGACAAAGAUGGUGAUCAAUCACCUAAGCACCAUUUCAGUCCAGAAAUUGCUGCAGACGUAACAACAGAGCCUGAGUAUCCGCGUGACACCUAUGCAUCUUACAGAAGCAAGCAGUCACACCGGUCUGUGGGUGUUUAUAAGCGGUCAAAAUCAACACUUGAUAACAGCCUACUUACUGAUCAAGAGGAUGAUGAGAAAAUCAGGAAUAAUAACAAUGGAUGGAAAAGUGAAGACAAUUUGGGACAUGUCGGCUUUCAAUCACGAGCCUCAUCUGAGCAAUGCCUUGCUGGAAUUGAUCAAGUAUCUGAUCAGCUCUACUUACAUCUAUCAUCAUCAACCGUAUCUCUUCCUACUGAUGCUGAAUCAGCUGAACGAACAGAUCCUUUUGUUUCCAAAGAGGAAGAAAAUUCCGACAGUCAAGUUUCUGUGAAGCAGCGAGUUAAAAAAUUUGAAGUAACGAAACCAGAAGCUAAAGCAAAACAGAAAGAAGAAAGGAUAAAACCUUGCCCACCGCCGGUUCCUGCCAAACCUAGGUCUUUGUUACUUAGAUCAUCAUCAGAAAUUUCUGCUGAAAGAAAGAACAGUUUGCCAGGACAACUGUUACCUUCAGAAGACAGUGAUAGUCUGGUUCUACGAGAAAAGCAUCAUGUCCUUGGUGAUUUUAGUAAACCGAGCAGUGACUCAGGUGUUUCACUUGAAUCAAAUAUUAGUCCAUUAAUUCACCGGAAAUUAAGUCGGAAUCAGAACCAGUUUUCUCCGAAACCAAAAUCUAUAGCAACCUGUGAUCAUAGUAUGGGGCAGGCAAGUGGUGAUACCCAACCAACAAAAUGUUGGGAUGGUGGUACAGAAAACCAACAGUCAUCUUAUCUUAAUACAACUUCAGAAUCUCGUUAUUUUCCUUCAAAGCAAUCCAUGGUUACUGAUUUUCCAACUUCUGUUGAAUCACAGUCCAACAAGGUAACCCUAUCUUCAAAUAUCAAUCCAGAGAGUCGAUUAAGCUAUUUGAAACAGAAGGAUACAAAACAGAAUUCAAGACCUGUCCUUCAAGAAAAACCAUCAAUGUCUUUUGCUACUCCAGUUCAUCUUGAUUCUCAUUUCUCUCACAACCAGUCUGAACAUCAAGCUCCCGAAAAGUCUGCUAAUUCAGUUAAAAUCGUUUCUAAUACUGCUGAAACUGUCUCAAAAUGCCAACCAGUUUAUAAUGCAAUUCACAUGCAAGAUUCACAAAAUAACAAUUUUCUUAAAGAACAAGCUGCUGUAUCUUUGCCACAGAGCGAAGUUUCCAAUAAUCAGGAUAGUUCUAGAGUUGUAGUAACUAGCUCUUUGAGAAGAGAUUCUUCAGAUGCAAACAGUCAACAAAUUCAGAAAUCUGAACAAAUACAAAAUGAGAGCUCGCCACACAAAGUAGCAGUUAGCAAUAACAUUAAUAUAAAUAAUAAUAGUAAUAGUGCUAAUGUUAACAAUAAUAAUGAUACUAACAUUGGUGGCAAAUCUUCGACAUCAGACUCAGAAAUUAAGAAGGAAUAUAAGAUCAGUAGUCACUCAAGACAACCUUCACAGGAAGAGCUAGAAUUUGAGAUAAAAGCAAAGGAGUUGUCCCAAGACCUGAAAGAAGACGAUAAGAAUUUGUUGCAAGUUCUUAAUCCCAAUAAUAAAAAGGCCAUUGAUUUUGUGGAAGAUUUAUUGGAAAAUGCAGUAUAUGAUUGUCAACAAAUUCCUACUAAAUUACCCAAGGAGAGCAGCAACACUCCUGUUAGUGAAAGCAAUCCAGGAUCAAACACAGCAAAUUCUCAGAGCGGAUCUCAAUCCCAGGUUAUUUCAGACAGCUACAAAGAGUCUGAGAAAUGUCAGGAAACUGAUGAGGAUGCAUUACUGCAGAAAAAGGAAGGAUUAAGGAUCAGCAUUAUGAAGAAACUUGACGUUCUCCGUGAUGCAAAGCAAAGUGUGGAAAGAGAAAUCCUGGAAAUCAACAGUUUGGGUGAAAAGGUUUGUUUAUUUUACUUUCAAACUUUUUUUUUAUGACUAAAUUACCAUAAGAAAUUUCUGAAUGUGUUUGGAACCAACUAAUUUCGAUGAUAUUCUUUCUGAUUAUAUUAAGUGACUUCCUUUGUGUCUGUGUGUGUGUGAUAAACACCAGCUUAUAACAUUUGUUGGGAACAAAUUAUAUCAUAUCGGUGGUGCUUCCUUUCAAAAACCAAAUGUGCUUGGCCAGAGUUAUAGUGUUGGGUCUCUCCAAGAUGUUGGAGGACUUGUGGUUGUUAAAGCAGGUUCUGAAGGGGCCUUCAGUUGCCCCCACAUACUUUUGCACGGUUAGUUGCCCGUUUGGUCCUAUGGUUGUUACAUCUGCUUUGCAUACGACAAUCUCCAGCUAUCAUUAUCAUCAUUGUUUAACAU